CACUCGUUCAAACUCCCAGGGAAGUCUCCUAGCUCAGUGCACCGUUCAGAGUCAGCUUGAUGGCUCCUAAACUAGGCUUAUAACAAACACAAUACACCACCACAGUCUACAGCAACCCACUGCUCGGCAAGUCGACACACACGUCUGCAACACUGCCCCUACCCGAGAAAGCUUUGAUGCUCCACUAGUAGCACGUCUCUUCUGAUCUUGCCACCACAGCGUCAAUUACUGUCUCAGCCACAAUACGACCCCACCCAGACACGCACACAAACAAACACACACACAGACGUCCUCCCGAUCCUAUCAGCGCAAGAUUGAAGGAAAAAAGUCACUUUCAGCACUAUAGUCAAAUCCGUGUUCUUCCAGUCUUAAUCUAGUCACUCUUUUAUUCACACCAGCUAAAGGAAGUUCACAACACAUUUUUCGCAAACCAGCCCAGUCCGAAAUCCUGCCACUAAAAACAAGAAUCACCAACACAACCAUGCUCUCGUUAACGAAAAUCACGAUACCCAUUCUUUUGGUCCUCGCAAACGGCGCCUACACCGCACCAGUGGACUCCCAAACAACAUCUUCGUCGUCUAUGUCGACCUCGACCUCGAGCACAGGAACAUCGACAAGCUCGAGUGAUCCUGUGAACGACUUCUACUCCAGUCUGACAGCCAUGUUUAACCAGGAUACCUCCUCGACCGCGGCACAGACAGGAACAUAUGACACAACUUCAAGCACCCCGACGACAACAACUUCGUCGGAGCAGACCCAGGAGGCCACCUCUACCACAAGCGAUGACACCACCACUUCCAGUCCAUCGCCUACUACCACAUCUUCAUCAUCCACUGAGAACUUUUGGGCGCAGGACACCUCCUCUUCAUCUACUCAAAACACCUGGCCACAGGACACCUCCUCAUCUACUCAAAACACCUGGCAACAGGACACCUCCUCAUCUUCUACACAGAACGCCUGGGAACAGCCCACUGUUUCUUCAUCUACUACCCAAAACUACUGGGAACAGCCCAGCCCAUCUCCUUCAUCUUCCUCAUCCACCGAGUCACCAUUCAAAGAGCUUUUUGGUUACUCCCCUACAGAUUCUGCUUCGAGCUCGAUCCCGCCAUCCACAGAAUCAGCAACUUCAUCAUCAAGCGAAGUCACCCCCACUGAUUAUCAUUGGUCGCCUUCUUCAGAAUCACCAUCACCUACUCCAACAAUCUCUUCAGAUACAACAACUAACUACGGCACUGAUUACAGCUCUUCUGAAACCGACUCUUUCACCCUUUCAGCAAGCAGUGUUGACCCUACGUUCAGCCAAUCUACAAAUGAAGCGUAUUCUCCAUCGGAAGCUACUGCUACCUCAUCCUCAUCCUCGGCUGAAUCGUCAAUCAACUAUGCUCCUAAGAAGAUAGAUGUAACAGGUUCAACAACUGCUGAUUCCACUACCUCGUCCUCUUACCCGGAAAGUAGUGCAUCAUCAGCUUCUUCUGACUCUGCGCUUUCCUCUAACCUAUCUGAUAGCGUGACAGAAAGUUCUUCACAAGCUUUACCUUCUUCUUCGUCAACUCAAUCACCACCCUCAUCAUCAUCAUCUUCCUCUUCUACAUCAACCUCUGCAUUAGGGUCAGCAGGUGCCAUGAACUAUGGUCCAUCAUACUACUCAUCUCAAAGUGCUGAAUCGCCUGCAACUUCAUCAACUUUAUCAACUGCCCUAGGCUCUGCUCAGCCCCGUUAUGGUCCUGCACCCUUUUCCUCCGGUGCAAAGAGUCAAAUUUGGCUGCCAAGUUCCACUUCUUCUACAGAUGCGGAAACUUCUACGUUUUCAAGUUCAAGUUAUGAAACACCGUCUUCCACUUAUGGUCCGGAACUUUCGGUUUCCAGCACCUACUCCUUUGGACCAGCACUACCAUCGUCAACUUUUUCGGAGUACUCUUAUGGUCCUACUGCCUCAACUGCUUCUUGGGAUGAAUCUUCUGUGUCUUCUUCUUCAACUUUUGUGCCAGCACCUUUCUCAGCCGCUCCAGUUGGCCCACAACUUCCUUCAUCUUCAACUUGGGAACCCCAAUCAGAAGCUUCGUCUACCGACUAUGCAUCUUCCUAUUACCCAAUUUCUUCUACACCUGCUGAGCCUGUUUGGUCAAGUUCAGUUCCCAUUGGUCCAGUGUACAGUGCAACGUCAAGUUUGGAUACUUCUUAUGGGCCAACUUAUAUUCCUUCAAGUUCAGUAGAACCUCCUGUGUAUUCCUCGUCAUCCUCAAGUGAGUCGAUUGCUUACUCAAGUCAUGUUCCUGAAGCUGCACCAUGGUCUACUUCAUCAGUAGUUCCAACGGAGCCAACACCACUCAGCUCUGCACCUGUUGCUGCUACAUCAUCAUAUGUUCCAAGUAAUGUCUCACCGGUACCCACUGAAUCAUCAACUUCUUCCUUUGCUCCGGUUCCAAGCCCAAGCUCGGACUUACCAAUUGCAUCUUUAACUUCUUCAGAGCUACCACCCAUUUCCAGUGCACCUGUUUCUGUCAUUCCUUCCUCUCAAGAUGUGGCUCCUUCAGCGCCUUCAUUAUCACCUUCUUCCACAGUCGAGAGUGCAACACUGUCAAGUGCUACUGCUGUUUUAUCUUCUGUUGUCCCACCUCCUUCAGCACCUUCUUCAACGUCUGUCAAUGUUGAGCCUUCUACUACAAAAACUGGUGCCAAGUCCUCUUCUGCCACAUUACCAGCUCCGUCAUCUGUUGUUUCGGAAACAAUGACCGCUCAAUCAUCCCCUACAGCACCAUUAAAGCAAUCUUCAACGGUAUCAGCAUCUGCACCACCUGCAUUAGAAGCAUCAUCAUCCGCUCAAGCGUCAACGUCUCCACUUUUUUCACAGGCUCCACUGACUUCGUCUUCUGCCGGUCUUCCAUCGCCUGCCAUAAUUACAUCGUCGGCUGCCCCAUUACCGACUGAUCCAGCUACUGCGCCAACAGACCUAUCAUCAUCACCAACGCGUACACGUGUCACCGAGUCUUGGCUCCCAACUCAUAUCAUUGCUGAGGAUAGUACAACCACUAAUACUAACACUGCUUCUCAAACUCAAGCGGUCACAAGCUCUCUACCAAAGGCAAUCAUACCGACUCAAUCUGUUAGUCAAUCUAGCGGUUUUGAACUCAUUACUAUCGGUUUCAAGCAAGCGCUCAAUUAUGCAUUUAUUGUUGAAAAUUCUCUAUCUUCCGCUCAAAUUUUCGAAUACUUGCCACAAGUUUUAUGCUUUCCAUUCCCUGAAAUUGAUGAAAGUGCAGUCAUUGUUAAAAAACUUGUUCCUUAUUCAUCUACUCAGGUGGGUUAUAUUAUAACGGUUGCCGAAGUUUAUUUCAAUCAAUCAUAUGUCGAUCUUUUGCAGAAUGAAAUCUUAGAUCUAACCUCGAAAAUAUACAACAAUAGCGAUGCGACUGAAAAGUCGAUGGCACUUUUGAUUGACUCUAAAAUUCCUGUGACCAACUUGCUGGAAUCUCUUGAUAAUCCUCAGCAACAAAAUUCUAAUAGUAAUAAUGGCAAUGAACCGAAUGGUGGGGGAGACCCAGCUGUUGAUUCUUUAGGUUCUAUCGAUUCUGCUGCUAUUACGGCGUCUACUAUUCCUAGCGAUCGGUCUAGAAAUCACAAAUAUAUUGCGGGGGUAGUGGUUGGUUGUGUUGCCGGUGUUGGAAUUUACCUUGGUGUCAUUAUCUUUUUCCUUAAGAGAAGAAUCAGAAACGCUGCAGAACAAGACGUUCCUGAUACCAGUUUCUCAUCAAUGAGUGAUGAGUCGCUUGAUAGUGCCGGUGCUCCGUAUACUAGAGAGAAGUUGGAGUAUAGCAGUUCAGUGGGUGAUAUUGGAUUGCCCGAUGCGGAGAACUCCAACACGCAGAGUUCGUCGUUCCUGCAAAUGUUUGGCUUCACGAAACCAAAGGAGGACCAGCCAAGGUUUGUUCCCGAGAUUUCUGCGCCUAUCAAUGUAAAGAGCUCGCUAGGAUGGUGAUGAUAUCAAAGUUAAUUAAAACAAAUCGGCAUUAACAAUCAGUUCUUUCCCUAAAUACGUAACGAGAACAAAAUAUCUUUGAUACCUUCCUAUUCUUAAUGCGUAGACUUUUAUUGCUUUUUUCUCCAUAUUUACAUACUUCUAUCAUUAUAUAGUUUAUUUCAUUUCGCUUACAUGUUGUUUUAACAAGUCUCUACUUUACAC